UGGACUGAAGCGGCAUAUGCGGCUUUUUGUACUGAUUUCUCAGAAAUUAAUUUUCUCUCUCUAAAAAAUGUAGAGAGAGAGAGAGAGAGAGAGAGAAGGCAGGAGAAUCUCCACAUCCGCCAUUAUUUGGGAAGAAGAGAAUGAGUGAACUGAAAGAAUAAAAGGAGAGAGAGAGAGAGAGGGGGAAGAAGAGAUGAAGUUACUGUGGCUUCACACAAUAGACAAUAAAGGAAACAGGGAGAAGAAAACAAUGGAGGGCGAGAGAGGUUGGAAUUAGUAACAAGGCCGGAUGACGACAAAUUUCGUGUUACAGUUCUUCGAAAGAGAUUUUAUUAUCUCGUAUCUCUCUGUCUCUCUCCUUCCCCUGGCCCAGGAGAUUGAGAUAUCGCAAUCUGAUGACGAUCUCAAGUCGCUUUUCUUUCGGAACGGCAAGAUUCUUCCAAACAUUUCGACCAGGGUGCGUUGAUGUGGUCUUCAAUCGCCUAAUUUUUUCUUUGUGGUAAUUGCGGUACUGUGGGUUUGUUGUCCUUUCUUCUGUUGGCUAGAAUGGAUUGGACAUCGUUGAUCUCUAUGGUAGAAGGAGGAUGCGGACUAUUGUGUUUUCUUGGUUUUGGUCAAGGUAUCGAAUCGGAUGCUGCGGGCUCUGAGUACAGUUAGAGGAUCUGGUUGAGGGAUGGGAACAAAAGUCCAUUUCAGAAGUUACUCUCCAAGGUAUGAUAAAAUGAGAGAUCUCAAUGCAAAUGCGGGCAAUAACUGGUCUUCAUUCUAUAUCAAUAAGACGCUCAAUGAGGAUCUCCACAAUGGUUGCUGUCCGAGUCCUUCAGCUGGAUAUUCUGAAUAUGAUAAAGAAAUGCUAAAGAGGACUAUGCUUGAACAUGAAGCCAUAUUCAGAAAACAGGUCUAUGAACUUCACCGUCUUUACGGCAUACAGAAGGAUCUGAUGGAGGAGCUUCAAAAGAAUGGUUUAUCUGGGGCACAUAGAGUCCCAUCAAAAACAAUUUUUGGUUCUUCUCAAUUUCAAUCUGAUUAUGCCACAGGGAUGUGUCAUAUGUCUCAUCUAUGCGCCGUGAAUAACUGUCAUAAAAUGGAAAAACUGAGAUACAAUGAUGAUAUUAUUUAUACCCUCAAUUUUCCUAAAAGUAAUCUGCAAUCUUCUUCAGGUAUUUUUGAAACUGAGACCUUACAAAGAGUUUCUGGGACUGAUGGAAGUUUUAGAAAAUGUCCUAAGAGAAUGCUUGAUUUUCGAUUUCCCGCUGGUGCAUAUAUUGAUUAUACAGAAAAAUCAGAGGAAAUUCCUAGUUCAUAUUCUAUAAACACAAGUAAUUGUUCUAGAAUCUGCACUGGAGAUUCUGAGAUUGAAUUGAAGCUUAAUUUAGAUAGUAUUAGUGGUUCAUCUGGAAAAGAAGAUGUUCGCAAAUUGAAUCAUUUUUACAACAAGAAACUUUGCACUGGCUUAGCUGUUUCAAAUAAACCUAACAGUCAAACAUCUUUGGAGGGUGGACCUAAUUCAUUUCCUGUUAUGGUUUCUCGGUCAAAAAUUCAGGCGGAAGAUAAUCACAGGCUCAACUUUCCUUUGAGCUCAUCCACAUUGAGCCUGCGAAAUGCAUUUGCCAAUGAUGGGGAUAGUAGUGAAUGGAUUUUCUCUAAUGGUUUUCAAGGAGUGAAGGAGGAAAUAAGUAGAGGGGCUGUAUUCCAUAAUGAAGCUGGGAAACUUUUCCCCACAAGUUUAAUGAAUUCAACUUCACAUAAAGAGAAAGACCCCAUACUCUGUGAACCAGUAAUGCUGAAUGCUAACAAGGUGAGUGACAUUAUUUCAAUUGAUCAUGAUGAAGCAUCAACACAGUUUGGGCAUGAACAGGACAAUCAUUUUCUAAUCUGUGGGAAAUGCCCUGGAAAUUCGGAAUCCAACAAUUUAGGAAAACUCACUUCUGUCUUGCCCAAUUCCUUCUCAAAUUCCUUUAAACUGGAAAAAAACAUUACCUCCUCACCACUCGUUCCAACUUGGACGAAGUUUUCGAGUGAUGAAAAUCAUGCUUCGAGCCCAUUUUCAGCAAUUUCAAGGUUCAAUGGAUCUAGUAAAGCGAAAAAGAUCUGCUUUUCUGAAAAUGCCGCAAAAUCAACCCUGAGAUAUGAAGAGAAAUAUUCGUCUCAUUUCAAUGAAUUAAAUGAUGGGCUCCAGUUGCAAUUGCUUUCUACUUUACAGAAGAAAGUUCCGUUGUCCACCAUAAAUCUCAAUGUUGAAGCGGAAAAUUUCUUUUCUGGGACUCAAGAUGGACCAAUUUCACAACAAAUUAUAGGUGGAAAAUGUGAAGAUCUUUUGCCUGGGCCAUCCUGGCUCAAAAGAAGAACGGCUUGUGAGUCUUUGGAACCGAGUAGGCUUCCCUUUCCAGCGGAUUUAGGAUUUAAUAAUACGAAUCAAGUUUAUGAGAAGAAAUUUGAAGAUCCCACAAGUCUUCCUUCAUGCAGCUUCGAAAACUUCUCUUCAUCUUUACAUAAUAGGGACAGCAAAGUGCAGAAUGAUCCGCCAUUUGACAGUUUGAUUAGUAAGAAAUUUAUCGGUCCUUAUUUUCAUGAACUCCAGGAAAAAUUAUCAUCUUCUUCAAAUGAAGAGAAGCUGGUAAUUGAUGAGUUCAAGCAUGCCAGUACAUUCCAUGACAUCAAAUUGUACAGCUCCGAAAAAUCAACCUCUUUAGAAAAUAACAGAAAAAAGCCUAGAAAUUGCAUAGAUCUGAAUUUUGCGUUUCCUUUGAACGAUGAUUCAGAUUCCUCUGAAAUUUCUGCCAAAGUUCAGGCCUAUGCCCCAUCAAUACAUUCAGACCCAAUUCUAGUUUCCGAAGUAGCGCCCUUUAUCUACCUGGAAGCACCAGUCAAUAACAUCACUUCUAACAUAGAAUCCAUUUCCUUUAGCUGCAGAGAUGGAUUGAAAGAAGAUCUAUGCUCCAGCGAGAUUGUUAUGAAGGAGGCAGCAGAAAACAUAAUCAAACUAUCACUCGAUGGAUUGAAGCUUAACGAUGAAAUCCAGAUCUCCCACUCUGCCACCCCAUCUGACAACGCCUUGUACAUAUUUGCAGAGAUGAUUUUAUCAAACAAAAACAUCCUAGAAUCGGAUGCAGUACGUGACGGUCGCUCACAACAUCAAUACCAUGUAUUGGACCUUUUUGAGCUAAAGACGUUGCAGCUCGAAGAGACUAAACCAGAGAACUUGUGGCACCGGCCUCAGGAAGCCGAAAAUGCUGGAGCAAACGAGCGGAGCAAAGCCUCGCUUCUCCUAGCAAUGCCUCGAAGAGUGCAAGGGAAGAAGAGAAGGCAGAAGAAGGACUUCCAGAAGGAUAUUCUCCCUCCCCUCGCCACAUUAUCAAGGCAAGAGUCCAUCGAAGACCUUCAGGCCAUUGGGGAGUUAAUGAAAGCAUCCGGAACGCCGUGGCAAGCCGGAAUUCGGAGAAGAAACAUGCGCGGGAAUGGCUCGCAAGCUCAGGCCAUCCAGAAAUGCCCUCAAAGAAAUUCCAGAGUGUCUGUAAGCCCGGUCGAGAUCAACCCUCCAAUACCAUUGUUUAUGGUUGAUUGUAAUAAUCCUGAAUUGGAAGUUGGCAAGCAUCAUAUGAUUGGGUGGGGAAGAACAACCAGACGGUGCAGGAGUCAGAGAUGUUCUUCAGUAAGCAUUUCUAGCACUCUAACGUGAGAGUUGCGGAGAGAUUUUUCUCAUAAUUGUAAAGAAGACGUUUUGUUGCGGCUGAUAGAUUUUAUUACUGGAAUUGGUUAUAUGGUGCACAGAUUUUCUACUUCAAAAUCGAAAUUUAUGGCUAUACUGCAUAUUAGAUUGAAAACGACGAUUAAUUUUAUUUAGAAUAAUUGCUGCAGUGA